GAUUCAGAUCGUUGCGUCAUGGGUUUGGUUUGCGAUCACAAUCAAUCACGAUCAUCUGUCUUCUUCCACCUCACUUCUCUGGUCGCUCCUCUCUCUCUCCCUCCAAUCCAUUCAUCCUCAGUUUGUUCUUGGGCGCAUUGUCCACAUAUUCCUCUUCCAAGCCAUGUCUACCACUUCUGAAUCAGAGGAUGAUGUUUCGAAUAUCUUUAACAACCCUCCCGGCCCUUCUCAUAACAACAACACCAACAUCAACAAUCCAGCAGAACAUGAUCAACAUGAUACCAGUCACGCGAAUAUCUUCAAUCAGACCGAUCAUCCUUCAGAUAAUGAAGUGACAGACGAGCGGAUGGCAGAUGCAGAUGAUCCAAUCGAUUUACUGAUUGAGGAGCUUCAAAGCUUGUAUCAUCUGAACGAUCACUUUGCUCCAAUUGCUAUGAAGGCUGCUAAAUGCCCUCCCGAAGAGCGGUUUGUUAGACUCUUCUAUGCAAUCACCUCAAUUUCACAGAGUCUCGAGUCUGGAUCAUCAAAGAGUGGAUCUGCCAAUCAUGCUGUCCGGGACUUCUUCAAAGAUUUCAUCCGCGAAACAGCAAGAUCGUUCGUUGGAAGGACAGACGUGGAGGCAUACACUGCUACUGUUGACAAGCAUUCAGACUCGCUGACCAAAUCCCUUCUUAGGUUAACUAUAGGCGUGGCCAACAAGCAAACCCCUGAAUUCAAAGAGAAGUUUUAUCCGAAAGGAUUUGAAGGUAGCGACCUCAACUCAAAGUCGCAAUAUCACGAAGUAAUUGCCAACUUGGUAAAACACGUUCGAGGACAGUUGAGAGACACUCUUCUUAAUCAGAUUUUGUCGAACAAAAAAGUUCAACCGACUGAUGUGGUUCCUCCGAUUGAAGAAUUGAUCAACCUGAUCAUCAAGGAUCUCCUGCCAAGGCACAAGAGAGCCACUCAGGCAGCGGUCUCAAUCACCUGGAGGCAACACAUUCGAUUCAGUCAUCUCCGAUUGGAGACGGUCUCACACUAUCUUGGUCAUUAUCCCAAGACUAUCACCCAAUGGAUGUUGAUCGAUCAACGAUUGGAUGAUCUUCGAUGGAAAUCACUCCCCUUCCAGCAGAAGCAUGCCGAGAUGGUCCUGGAAAAGGACAAAUCACUGUUCUCUCAAAAAAAGAACUUCAAGGAUCUUGAUCAUGACAGCAUUGUAAUGCCUAGCAUGCAAGACGUUGAAAAUGCUUUGACCAGAUCGCUUCUUCCUCAGCCCUCGCAAUCGGCCCCUCCUGCUCAAACCUGAUCAUUGGCAAGCGGAGUCUCUUUGUUCACCAAAAAAGUCAUCGACAAUCGCCUCCAAGUCAUUUUCCACUCUGUACAUACUUUUUUCUUCUUCUCUCCCGGUUCGCAUCUCCCCCUCCCCAAAAGUAGUAAAAUAAACUACAUAAAUGUAUCUUUUUCUAUCGGUAGCAAGCCGCACCCCAAUGUAACUAGUAAAUAUAUGUACUGCUAAAUCUAGAGCAGAUCCCAAUUG